AAAUACCAUUCAUUAGACUCGGCGUUAACUUUAAUGCAAAUGCAGAAGUGCGCCUUUCUUUGUUUUCUUUUUUUGCAUCUGAUUUUCUACUUGGCUUCAACAGAAAGAUUCUGUCCAAUUUUUUUGUUUUCUUCGAUUCUAUAUUUCUAUCCCAGUUUCUGAAAAAUUGCCACCUUUUCUGUAUAAAGGCGGUGAUUAGCUUUUACGAGAUGAAUAAAGUCGCCUUUUUUCAUUGAAAUUCGCACUUAUGUGCUCAGGAACUCACUUAUGGGGUUUUCUGCUACAUUUCAACCUCAUAUCACACCUGCUUGUCGUCACCAUUAUCUUAAGUUCUGCUCUACCGGAGUCCAUGAUAGGCAUAAGAUAUUAUCUUUUGUGACACCAGUAAAGUGCUGUGCUUUUCAUGAGAUCAAUUCAGUCGUGGGAGAUAGGAAAUCCAGCAUCAACACUAAUGGGGCACCUGAACCUGCACGGGUUCUCCUUGAGCGGCUCUUUUCACAAACCCAAAAACUGGAAGAACACAUGAACAGUAGUUCUGAUUUUUUUCAAAAUGCUAACUCGGGUUUUAACCUUGAAAAUUUAGAGUCUGACCUUGAGGCUGUAUUAGAAGCCUUGAGGACGAAAGAGGAGGACGUCGAAGAAGCGGAAAGAAGGGUGGCGUUGGAGCAUGCUGAACUGAAACGGGCAAGGGAAGAGUUAGAGUGUCGAGAGAAGGAGGUUGCAGUCGCUUGUUCCAAGCAGGAAAAGUUGGAGGAGGAAUUAAGGCAAGCUAAUUUGAAGUUAGUUUCUCAGGCACGGCACAUCAAAGAUCUGAAAAUGCGACUGAAAGAUAGAGAUCAGGAGAUCGCCACCGCAGAAUCGUCGUUGAUGUUGAAAGAAGAAGAAAUGGAGAGAAUGAAGCGCGAAUUGAUACGGAAGCGCGAAGAAGCUGCCAAGACUGAAGCUCAGUUAAUAGCCAAAUCUCAGCUCUUAGACGAAGCCAAUGACGUCGUGGAAAAGCAAGAUAUUGAACUUCGAGAACUGCGAACAGCACUACGGGCAAAGCAGCAAGAGAUUGAAGAAAUGUUAUUUACUCAACAGCUUGAAUCGGAAAAUUUAAAAGCUGCAGAGACGAAGUUGGAGAAGCAGACAACGGAGUGGUUGCUAGCUCAGGAAGAACUCAAAAAACUCGGGGCAGAUUUAUCGAAACGCAUAGGAGAGAGUAAGGAGACUAUGCAAGAUUUUCGGAGGGUCAAAAGACUUCUUAGUGAUGUGAGAUCCGAGUUGGUAUCAUCGCAGAAAUCGUUGUUCACGUCAAGAAAGAAAAUGGAGGAGCAAGAGAUGGUGCUCGAGAAACAAAUGCUCGAACUUGAAGAGCAAAAGGAAACUAUUGUAACUUACAUGAAUAGCCUGAAAAAUGCCCAAGUAGAAGUGGAAAGUGAAAGAGCAAAGCUUAGAGUUGCGGAGGCUCGGAAUAAGGAAUUCGAGCUGGACCUGUCGUUGAAGCGGAAUCUAUUGCAGGAUCUACAAGAGGAGUUGAAUAACAAAAAACGUUUUUUGCAACAAGCGAUUGCCGAACUGUCUUCUCUCCGAGAGGAGCUAAAUACGAAGACUAGUGAAUUUGAAGAAACGAAUAAACUUUUGGAGGUUAAGGAGAAGGAUUUGGUGGAAGCAAAACUGGAAAUUCAGCACUUAAUAUCUGAACAAAAGUCCCGCGAGAUCAUUCUGCAAGAAAGAGAUAUAGAACUACGCGCUGCUAAAACGAGGUUAAAGGAAGUGAACACGGUGGUAGCAGAAUUAAAAAUGAUCCUAAAGAAGAAAGAAGAUCAGCUAACGGUUGCUAAUGGCAUGCUAAAAGAAAAAGACGAUCACGCUGAGGUGAUGCAGCACGACCUAGACGAUGCAAGACUGAUGGCUUAUGAAGCUGAAUCUGUUGUCGGAAGAAUUGUCGAUCUCACCAAGGAGUUGGUAAUCUCCUCCAAGGAGGACAGUCUCGAUGCCUCGAAUGAAUUGGGUGAGUUCCCAUCACCAUCGUUUGGGAAAUCUGCCGAGGAUUUUAAGUGGCAGAUGAAACAGCUGGAGGAUGAACUUGAGUUAACGAGAGGGAAUCUCCGGGGAAAAGAGAUGGAGCUUCUGGCGGCACAGCGACAACUCGUAAUCAAGCAUGAGGAGUUAGAGAUGGUUCUUCGGAGAUUAGAAGAAAAAGAUCUAGAGGUGAAAGAGUUAAAAGAGGAAAGGGUUAGAAAUGCUGAUGAUUUGAAGAAACUCUCCGUUUUGGCGCAAGAAAGUGUUGGACUGAAGAACUUGGACGACUUGGCUAUUGAGAAGCUUCAAAUUGAAGCUGCUCAGCUUGAGGUCGAAGCUGCGACCAGUGCGUUACAUAAACUGGCGGAAAUGAGUAGAGAGCUCCUUAAUAAGGCUAGCUUGAGUAUCGAUGCUGAUCUUGAAAUUGACGUCUUUAAACAAAACGGGUUUAGCCCGAAGCGAUGUGCAGAUGAAGCAAAGGUCUUCGUCCAAAAUGGUUUUGAGUCAGAUUCGAAUAUGGUUGAAAGUAACGAUUGCUUAACGGAGAUUAAAUCUGAAGUUGCUCGUCUUUCAGCUUUAACGGAAAGGUUGGUUCAGGAAGCUGGUGCUACCGGUGCUGCGACUUAGUCGUUAUUUAGUUGUUCUGCUUGGUAUUUCGUGUUUAUAUGCAUAGCCACUCAGUUAUUUGUUAGAAAAGUCGAUUAGAAGUUUCGUGGCAUUGCAUGCUCGAGUUUUUUCGAGUUCAACUUUUCUAUUGGAACUUUGGAAGUAUUUUAUACCCAGUAUUAGUACUGGUUUAACUGAUCACAUGAGCCUUUCUGGGGGCUUAAAGAGAA